GAUAACUCCCCCCGUCUUCUCUCUCUCUCUCUCGCCGUCACAUUCACCGUCACAACCGGAAGUCACCGGAAAGCUCACCGGAGCGAAGGAAAUGCCUGGAAUAAGAGGACCGUCGGAGUAUUCGCAAGAACCUCCUCGUCAUCCCUGCCUGAAAAUCAACUCUAAGGAGCCGUUCAAUGCGGAGCCACCACGUGCAGCUCUCGUCUCCUCCUACGUGACUCCUGUUGAUUUGUUCUACAAGAGAAAUCAUGGACCAAUACCAGUGGUUGAUGAUCUAGAAAGAUACUGUGUGUCUAUAACUGGUUUACAGGGAGCUGAGAAAACACUGUCCAUGAAGGACAUCUGGAACCUCCCAAAAUACACUAUUGCUGCAACUUUGCAGUGUGCUGGUAACAGAAGGACUGCAAUGAGCAGUACGAAACAAGUAAGAGGAGUAGGCUGGGAUAUAGCAGCAUUAGGAAAUGCUGUUUGGGGAGGGGCUAAGCUAGCAGAUGUCCUCCAACUUGUUGGAAUUCCAUACAAUUCCAGAGUUACACCAUCAGGUGGAAAGCAUGUUGAGUUUGUGAGCAUUGACAAGUGUAAGGAAGAGAAUGGAGGCCCAUAUAAAGCAUCUAUUACAUUGUCCCAGGCAACUAAUCCUGAAGCUGAUGUUCUGCUUGCUUAUGAGAUGAAUGGAGAGACUUUAAAUAGAGAUCAUGGGUACCCGUUACGAGGAAUUGUCCCUGGUGUUAUUGGUGCCCGUUCUGUUAAGUGGCUAGAUUCUAUCAAUAUAAUUGCAGAAGAAUGCCAGGGUUUUUUCAUGCAAAAAGACUAUAAAACUUUUCCACCUUCAGUGAACUGGGACAACAUUGAUUGGUCUACCAGGAGGCCCCAAAUGGAUUUCCCUGUUCAGUGUGCAAUAUGUUCCUUAGAGGAUGAAAACAUAGUUCCAACCAGCAAGAUAACUGUCCAGGGAUAUGCUGCGUCUGGAGGUGGACGUGGCAUUGAAAGGGUAGAUGUGUCAAUUGAUGGUGGGAAAACAUGGGUGGAAGCUUCCAGAUACCAGAAGCCUGGAGUGCCAUACACUGCAGACGAUGAGUCCAACAGCGAUAAAUGGGCGUGGGUUUUAUUUGAAGCGGAAGUUAAUAUUCCAAAGAAUGCUGUGAUUGUCGCAAAAGCCGUUGAUACAGCUGCAAAUGUCCAACCUGAAAACGUGGAAACAAUUUGGAAUUUGCGAGGAAUACUUAACACGUCAUGGCACCGAGUGAAUGUCAAGGUUUCUCACUCAAAUCUAUAAUAAUAUGCAUUUUAUAAAAUCUGAAUUGACUACUUUGUUGGAUUCAUAUAUUCUGCUGAUGCUGAUAUCAGUCAGAUAGAAUAAAUGAUAACAAUAAUAAGGUUGAAAACUAAACUUUGUCCUGUGUGUUAAACUUUAGGGGAAUAGCCUGUUUUGACAUCAUUACAUUAAUUAUGUGUAUUAUGUAUACAUACAUACAUACUCUUUAGCUUUUGUGGGUUUUCUCUUCAUGAAGAAAACAAUGUUUUAAGAACAAACAUG